AACACUGAAACUAUUGAAAUAUUGAAAAUUGAAACAGUUGUUAAUGUUAGUUGUUUGUGUUGGUUGUUGUGUUCGUUUUGUGCGUUAAUUAAGUAAUUCGAUUCGUUACAUAAAUCUAAUUGAAUAAUUUAUUAAUUGCCGGAUUUCAGCGUCGUGUAAAUUGAAGAGUCCACUAAAAUGGAUGGACCAACAUCAACAGAUAUAAUGCUCAUAAAUGGGAAUUCACACCCAGAAUUAGCAAAUUUGAUUGCAAGCCGCUUGGGAGUAAAGCGUGGAGAAUGCUCUGUGUACCACAAGACAAACCGAGAAACGAUGGUGGAAAUAGGCGAUUCGGUGAGAGGCAAAGAUAUAUACAUCAUCCAGACCGGAACCAAGGAUGUAAACAACAACAUAAUGGAACUGCUAAUCAUGGCGUAUGCUUGUAAGACUUCCUCGGCCAAAAAUAUCGUCGGGGUCAUUCCGUACCUUCCGUACAGCAAGCAGUGCAAGAUGCGCAAGAGAGGCUGUAUCGUGUCCAAGCUGUUAGCCAAGAUGAUGUGCAACUCUGGUCUAACCCAUAUCAUCACCAUGGACCUUCACCAGAAGGAGAUCCAAGGAUUCUUUGAGUGUCCAGUGGACAACUUGCGAGCUUCCCCUUUCCUUCUGCAGUACAUCCAAGAGUGUAUUCCAGACUACCGAAAUGCUGUGAUAGUAGCCAGAAACCCUGGGUCAGCCAAGAAGGCAACUUCCUAUGCUGAACGUUUACGAUUGGGAAUAGCUGUAAUUCACGGAGAACAAAAGGAGGCAGAGAGUGACCAGGUGGACGGACGCUACUCGCCACCCCCUCCUCCUCUACUGUCCCGUACUGUGGGCGUAGCUGUGGGUGUCCCUCAGCACCCGGCCAAGGAGAAACCUCCUAUCAAUGUUGUGGGUGAUGUCGGCGGCCGGAUAGCAAUCAUGGUGGAUGACAUGGUGGAUGACGUUCAGUCGUUUGUUGCUGCCGCCGAGGUGCUCAAGGAGAGAGGAGCUUACAAGAUCUACGUGCUGGCGACCCACGGACUCCUCAGUUCCGACGCACCUAGACUGAUUGAAGACUCUCCCAUCGAUGAGGUAGUGGUUACAAACACCAUUCCACACGAGAUCCAGAAGUUGCAAUGUCACAAGAUUAAGACAGUGGACAUCAGCGUGUUGUUGGCUGAGGCUAUCCGUCGCAUCCACAACAAGGAGUCUAUGAGCUACCUGUUCAAGAAUGUUACUCUGGAGGAUUAGGAGACAAUUCCUCAACCCAAUUUUAGCGGAUGGACUAUUUGGAUCAUUGAAUUGAGCAACUGGAAAUAUUUUCUUAUCAAAAUAUGAGUGUAUGAGUAGUUAUAAGAUUAGACUGUAGGUGUUAAUAUUAUCUAAACCUAUUAUUGUAAGUUAAGAUCAUGGGUGCACUAUAAAACAUUAUUUUUGUAUGAAAGAUAAUUACUUUAUUGUCCUUAUACUUAGAUUGUUAUUUAAUCACAUUCAGUUUAUUUAAAUGCCAUAUUUCUUUCUGAAAAAUGUUAUUUUUUCCCAUUAUACAGACCUAUACUUAGAGAAUCAAAUUCGAUAUUGUCAAAUUGAUGUUUUGUAAGCUAUCACAAUAUUUAGGUAGGUUACAAUAAAUAUCUUUAUGUUUUGUGAAUAAAACUCUAAAGUUUU